UUUGGAGGUUGGGUAUUCGGUUUUUGUUGGACUAAAGAGAUUGCUAGCAAGAUAUUGAAGGCAUUGAUAUGGCUGAUGUUAUUGCUCAAUCUCACGGGGGUGAUGGUGGAGGAUGCGAUCCUCCACGUGGACCGUCAGAUAUCCCAGCUGAUUGUGAACGAGCGCCUCCAAGUAAACGUGGACGCCAUAAGGGAUUGAACACGCGGGAAAAGAGGGAACAGUUGGGGCGUCCUCUCCCUCUCGAGUGGGAUGUGCGGGGGAGAACAUAUAAAGAGAUCGGAGAGUACAUCUCAAAUUUCUCAAGAGAGCUUGGAUUACUUGUUCGACAGUACACAGAUCCGGACUGUCCUCAAUGGUCAAAAGUACCAAAUGCCUCGAAAGAAAGAAUACUUGCACAUUUGGAAGAUGAUUUGUUUGAUAUUGGGCGUACUAGAUAUGGAGAAGGGCAUAUGUCUGGGAUCUUGAGAGGCAUUGAUACUUCGUGUGCUAAAAAGUAUUCUGACUGGAAGUACGAUAUUAAAUAGCACUUAACGAUUAAUGGGCCACAAAAUUGUUAUGGUGGUUGCACGGA